UAGGUAGAAAAUGGUUUACUUAAUGAAGUCAUAUAAGUCUAAGAACGAAACAGUAGAAAACAGAGAAGAUGAGCUGAGCUGAGCUCUGCUUUGCUUUUUUCAUCUCUUUCAUUCAGUCAUUCAUUCACACCCGCCUUUUUUCCUUUUCUUAAUAAUUUCCUUCUUACUUACCCCACCAUGUGAUUCUCUCUCUUCUUUUCGAUCUCUCUCUUUACCUCUCUAUGAAGUUCCAUCUUCUUCUUCUUCUUCUUCUUAUAUAAACCCACGAGUCCACACCCAGUAAUGGUAGCCAGAAAGUGACAGUGUUACAUUCACAUGUUCUUUCCCUCUAUCUGUUUCGAAGUUUUGAGAUUUGGGUUUGGAAGAAAACUCAAAUCUGGUAAUUGGGUUGGCUUCAGUUUCAGGAAUCGAGCUAAGAUUUGAUGCAGAUAGAGGGCGAAGGAAGAAUCUUAAAUGAAGCUCUUGCUGGUGGGAACGGCCGCUUCAUUGUUAUGGUUUCUGUUUGUUUUGGGGUUGGGGUCCCUGAGCUCUGUUUCUGCUGACAAUGGAGGUAUCAAAGAUCGUCGGGAAUUCAUCUUAGGAGGAGGAGAAGAGAAUUUGGGGCCAUGGAAGAGCGAAAUAUCGGAGCUUGCGGCAGCCCCUGGUCCUGCAGGCGAUGAACCUCAGACCACGCUUGUCUUGGCAGCCAACAGAACAAACAGACCGGACAUUCUUCGUCACUUCCGGCGUUACAGAGGCGGUUGGGACAUCACUAGUCGCAAUUACUGGGCUUCUGUUGGAUUCACUGGCUCAGCUGCUUUCAUUCUUGCUGUUCUAUGGUUUAUUUCCUUUGGGUUAGUUCUUGUUAUUCAUCAUUGCUGUGGAUGGAGGAUAAACAUCAAGAAUGAAGGAUCCCACCUUUCACAAAAGAUCACUCUUAUCUUGCUUCUAGUCUUCACUUGUGUUGCAGCGAUUGGAUGUAUUCUUCUAUCUGUUGGGCAGGAUGAAUUUCAUGGUGAAGUUCUGCAUACACUCAAAUAUGUUGUAAACCAAUCGGACUACACAGUGCAAAUCCUGAGAAAUGUCACGCAAUACCUGUCCCUUGCGAAGGAUAUCAAUGUGGCCCAGGUCUUCCUCCCUUCAGAUAUUAUGGAAGAUAUUGACAAGUUGAACAUUGAAUUGAAUACUGCAGCAGAUACUUUGACGGAGAAGACGAGUGAAAAUUCUGUUAAAAUUAAAAAAGUCUUCAAUCUUGUGCGUUCAGCUUUGAUAACUGUUGCUGCAGUAAUGCUUGUCUUGGCCCUGAUUGGUCUUGUCCUCUCCGUCCUUGGACACCGACAUGCAAUCCACAUAUUUAUAAUCAGUGGAUGGCUACUUGUGGCAGUUACUUUCAUUCUUUGCGGAGUUUUUGUAAUCCUCAACAACAUUAGAGCAGAGAAGCUAAUCUUUCAUUUUUGUUCUUUUACAUCUCUCAGUACAAUUUCCGACACUUGUAUGGCCAUGGAAGAGUGGGUAGAAAAUCCCCAUGCAGAAACAGCUCUCACCAACAUCCUUCCAUGCGUUGAUCAAAGAACAACCAAUCAGACCCUCAUCCAGAGUAAACAAACUAUCAAUGGUAUUGUAAAUGUUGUCAACCGAUUUGUCUAUACCUAUGCAAAUGCAAAUCCCUCAGAAGGUGCUCCUUAUUACUACAAUCAGUCUGGACCUCCCAUGCCUCCUCUCUGUUAUCCAUUUGACUCUAAUCUGAAAGAAAGCCAUUGUGGGGAUCAAGAGGUGUCUAUUGCAAAUGCUUCAAUGGUAUGGCAGAAAUAUACAUGUGAAGUAUCAACAGCUGAAAUAUGUACAACUGUUGGAAGAGUGACCCCCAACAUAUACUCGCAGCUGGUAGCCGCAGUUAAUGAGAGCUAUGCACUUGAGCACUACACCCCACCAUUACUGAGCCUCCAGGACUGCAAUUUUGUCCGCGAUACAUUCCGAAAUAUCACGUCCAGUUACUGCCCUCCAUUAGACCGUUAUCUCAAGACUGUGAAUGCUGGCUUGGCCCUGAUUUCAGUCGGGGUCUUGCUCUGCCUUGUUCUCUGGAUCCUCUAUGCAAACCGCCCCCAAAGGGAGGAAGUGUUUGUGAAACUAUCCUCGCUAAUAAAAGGCAAGGGUUACAGAAGUAGCACCAGUGACGUGCCAUCAUCAAUUACAUCGAUUGAAGUAUGAGUAGAAAAUUACCUGAAAGAUUAGAAAUUUCCAAUUUUUUGGAGAGCUAUGUAUAAAAGAAAAAAAAAAGAAAGAAGAAACCGAAGUGGAGCGAAGUUCCAUUUUGAGUUGAGAGUAUUUGCUCCAUUAUAUAUAGUGUAUUAUUCUAAUGUAUAGCAAGGAAAAAAGAAAGGUUAUUGAUCGAUUUUUCCAUAAA